AGCAGGCAGGGACCAGGAACGCACUCCUGGGAGCCAGAUAAGAAACCAGUAGACACCAGCACGCUCUCACUUCCUCUGCUUUCUUCCUCUAAACGACCACUCAGUCUACAGAAUGAAGGGCAUUUUUUCUUUGACUGGACUCCUACUCCUCAUCGUUGUGCAGAGCAGCUGGCAGAUUCCCACUCAAGACACGGAGGAGAACUCCAGUGUGAUUUUAGAGGACACGCUAUUCAACGAUCCAGCAAAUAUGAAGAGGCACUCAGAAGGAACGUUCUCAAACGAUUACAGCAAAUAUCUGGAGACAAGAAGAGCCCAGGACUUCGUACAGUGGCUGAUGAACUCAAAGAGGAGUGGUACCCAAACAAGACGGCAUGCAGACGGCACUUACACCAGUGAUGUGAGCUCCUACCUGCAGGACCAGGCAGCUAAAGAGUUUGUGUCCUGGUUGAAAACAGGGAGAGGAAGAAGAGAGUAAGACGCUCCAUUCAGCAAAAGAGAGAAGCAAUUCAUUCCUUUCAUCCUGAAAACUGAAAGACACAGAGAGCGAGAGUGAGAGAGAGACAUUCUGCUAGUCCUGCUCAACCAUCUUAUUCCUUUAUAUCAUGUUUUAUAAAAAAAAAGCUGUGUCAUCUUUUCCCUAAAAUGAGCAAAUAAACCUUUGCUGAAACUAAGCACUGUGACUGUACGCUGGACUGGGUUUAGUGUGUUGUCUAACUUUGAAUCCCAAAGUGAUUAAUAGAAUAUGAUUCAUAUAGAAUGAUUCAGUAUAUUUUGAACCCUAGAUGCUUUAACCUUUGAUUUCAUAAACA